AUUUCAGACCCCAGCGAAAGCACACGUUGAUGGUCUAUCUGUCAGAGGGCAGUGGAUGCCGUUCUGUGUAAGAAGCCUAAGCUAAACAGUUAUUGGACGCUUCUGUAAAACGACAAAUAUUCCUGUCUCACGACUGGAAUAUCUGUAGCUUGCUACCUUAAGAUUGUUUUCGACUGACAGGUUGUGGGGCCACAGCACCGAUGCAGUUCCCUGUGUGGUGAGAGCACAGUGGGGCAGUAGCACGAGUUUGAGGAAGAAGAGGAGGAAGAGGGAUGGAGCAGGCUCACAGUUUGCUCCUGAAUGAGGAGGUCUGCAGCCAGCUGGGCGACCAGCAGAGGGCCGAGUUUAUCUUCGAGUGGCUGCGCUUCCUAAAGAAGCUGCUGGCAGCUGUGGACAGGGUGGAUGUGAAGAAAAAGCAGAAGCACCUGGUGGAGCAGCUGACUGAGGUUCUUAUGGGCUCUCCAGGCCCCCCAACCCGCCGGCUCCUGGCUGAUUGUCUGGCGCUGCUCUACAAAGCAGGAGACCCCUUCACUGCCAGCUUUACAAUUGAAAAGUGCAGCGACAUCAUCCGCAGCAAGGACGACUCUCCCAGUUUUCUGCCCACCCGUCUGGCUGCCAUUGCCUGCCUAGGCUCCAUUUAUGAACAGCUGGGCCGUUUGCUGGGAAACACCUUCUCUGAGAGCGUGGGAAACCUGCUGAAGGCCAUGAGGAAUGCAGAGUCGCAGGGUCGGUAUGAGAUCAUGCAGAGCUUACAGAGGAUCCUGAGAGGCCUUGGGAUGAGCGCCGUGUCUUGCCACAGGGACAUCUACAAGGCAGCGCGCGUCUGCCUGACUGAUCGCUCCAUGGCUGUCCGCUGUGCUGCCGCCGAGUGUCUGCUGGAGCUCCAGAGGGAGGCGCUGUUCCUCUGGACAUCUGAGCUGGAGAAUGUGGCCACACUGUGUUUCCGUGCCUUUGAGGGCUCCAACUAUGACGUGCGAGUGGCCAUUUCCAAGCUACUGGGAACCCUGCUGGCCGCAGCAAUUUUGCCCCGGCAGGCUACAGUCCCUCAGCAGAAGCGGACUUCCCUGGAGGAAGUGAUGCAGCUCCUGACUGGUGGCUUCCUACGGGGUGGGGCCAGCUUCCUGAGGGCCAGUGGAGACAUGCUGAAGGGCACCAGCUCCGUCAGUAGAGACAUCCGAGUGGGCAUCACACAGGCUUGUGUGGUUUUGGUCACGUGUCUUAGUGGCCCGUGGUUGGAGGUGAACUUCCCUGCACUACUGCCGCUGGUUUUGGAGCUGGUAUCCCACCCGCGGGCGACCCAGAGCCCAGUGGAUGCUGUGUCCUGCCGGCGCUGCGUCUCUUUCGUGUUCCGCGCCACGCUGGGCAGCCUGCUGGGUGAAAAGGCCCAGAUAGCCGCUGCCAAGGAGAUCUGCCAAGCUGUGGGAAAACAGAAGAAGGCUGUGGGGACCAAAGAUAAUUGGACAAUUGGCUGCUCAGCUGUUCCAUGGGCAGAUGCAGCCCUGAGUGAUGGGAAUAUGGAGGCGCGGGUGAGCGUGGCAGACAUGGCGGCCAGUCAGCAUGCGCUGGUGUGCUGUCUGCAGGAGCUGGGCUCCCUGUUGCAGGGCCUGGGGUCCACUGCUGCACCCCUGCUGCAGGACCCCGCCACAGGAUUGUUGGAUAAGGUGACCUCAGUGCUGCUCCACCCCAGUGCUGCGGUGCGAUUGGCUGCCGCGUGGUGCCUGCGCUGUGUUGCCAUGGCACUGCCCUCGCAGGUCUCUGUGCUGCUGGACCGCUGCACAGAGAGGCUGAAUGCGCUCAAGUCCUGCCCCGAGGCCGUGUCCGGAUACAGCGCUGCCAUCGCCGCCCUGCUGGGCGCGGUGCAACACUGCUCUCUUGGAAUACCACAUGCAAAGGGAAAAGUGGUGAUGGCCCUGUCAGAAGACCUCCUGCGUUCAGCCACACAGAACAGCCGCAUCUCUAUCCAGCGCACACAGGGGGGCUGGCUGCUGCUGUCUGCCCUCAUCACACUGGGGCCCACGGUGGUGGAGCAGCUCCUCCCCAGGCUGCUGCUGCUGUGGAAGUGCUCCUUCCCCCAGUCGCUCAGGGACCUGGACGCAGAGCGCAGCCGCGGGGAUGCCUUUACCUGGCAGGUGACCCUGGAGGGCCGGGCCGGGGCCCUGUGUGCUAUGAAGAGCUUGGUCGUACACUGCAGUGACCUCCUGAAUGAUGAUGUCAUAAUUCGCCUCCUCACACCAUUGGCUUGUGCGGUGGCUCUCCUCAACCAGUUGCCUUCUCUUAUCAAGUCGUAUGGAAACCAAAUGAAAAACAUCUCCUUGAUGUUCAAAUACAGACUGUAUGCGGUUCUUGCUGUGCUGCCUCCUAGAACAUAUGAAGAGAACUUUGGGGCAGUGAUGAAACAGCUGGUCAGUGACCUGACUGGACCAGAGAACCCUGUGUGCGCUGGCUCAGUGCUGCUGCCUCCGCUGUGCCACCCAGGCCACACCUCCCUGCUGGGCCCCGCCCUGCAGGACACAGACCAGUGCUUCAUCGAGGAGCAGCUGCAGCAUGUUGGCAGUGUUGGUGGGGGCAGCCUGGAGAACGACCCCUUUUCCAUUUGCCAGAAAUCCCUGGAUGUCCCUGUGCCCCUCCCCAUAGCCGCCGCUGUCACUGUGGCGACUGUGCAGCUUUUCGGGGUUGUCUUCCCGCACAUCAUCGUUGCUCAGAGGGCACACGUCCUGGAGCAGUUUUGCGAGGGUCUUAAGCAGCUAAAAGGCUCCCGGCAGCAGAUUGUGCAAAUCCACACCGUGUCGGCCUUCUGCUGUGCUUUGAAGUAUCUGGGCUCAGGGCGGUUGGGGCUGGGCCCGGAGGAGGUUCGGCGGCCUGCCCUGGCACUUCUGGUUGGUGCCCUGGAGAGUUCAACUCCCCUGCUCCGCUGUGCAGCUGCCGAGGGCCUUUCCCGCUUGGCACAGGUCGCCAACGAUGCCUCCUUUACCGUCACCAUGACACAGAUCAGCUUCGACAAGUUGAAAACCGCAAGGGAUGCGGUGUCCCGCACAGGCCAUGCCCUGGCCCUGGGUGCGCUGUACCGUUAUCUGGGGGGUAUCAGCUCACCCCAGCACCUCGGAGCUUGUGUGGGGGUGCUCUUCACCCUGUCCCAGGACAGCACUUCUCCCGAAGUUCAGAUGUGGGCCCUGCACGCUCUCUCUCUGGUGAUUGACCUUGCAGGGCCACUGUACCGCAGCCACGUGGAGCCCACAGUUUGCAUGGUACUGCGGCUACUGCUGUGCGUGCCUCCCACCCAUGUGGAGGUGAGCCAGAGCCUGGGUCGCUGCCUGACUGCCCUCAUCACCACCCUGGGGCCUGACCUGCAAGGUGAGGGCCCUACUGUGCCAGCGCUGCGGACGUCUUGCCUGGUGGGCUGUGCUGUGAUGCAGGACAGCCCAGACUGUCUGGUGCAGGCCCAGGCCAUCUCCUGCCUGCAGCAGCUGCACAUGUUCACUCCCCAACAUGUCAACCUCGCCAGCCUGGUGCCCAGCCUCUGUGAGAUCUUGUUGGAUUAUUCUGUGUUGGCAAAUUUGUGCAGUUCCUACCUUUCCCUGCGGAGGGCAGUGGUGGCCUGUCUGAGGCAGCUGGCACAGAGGGAGGCAGCGGAGGUGACUGAACAUGCUGUGGCAUUGGUCAAGGGACUUCCACGGAGAGACAGCGCCUUGCUUGAUGUGACCAUCAAGGAGACGGGCCUGGAGGGGGCGCUGUUCAGCCUGUUGGAUAGGGAGUCGGACGCGCAGCUUUGCAGGGACAUACAGGAGACUCUGGGUCACAUGCUGAGCUCUAUGGCACUGGGCAGGCUGGCACACUGGCUCAAGCUGUGCAAAGAUGUCCUCUCUGCCUCCGCAGAUUUUGCCACGGCCGCACCAGUAGAGACCAACCAGGAGGAGGAUGAGGGGGAGCGGUCGGAUGACUCUUCCAUCUUCACUUCAAAAUCAAAAUCUGGUGGGCCCUUCACAAAUCCCAGAUGGCCCACGCGCGUGUUCUCUGCCGAGUGCGUCUGCCGAAUUAUCACCCAGUGUGAGAAUGGAGACCCUGCCCACUUUGACAUGGCCCUGGCUCAGGAGCGUCGCUUGCAGGUAUCCUCGGACUUCCUGGUUUUGCAUCUGGCUGACCUGAUCCGCAUGGCGUUCAUGGCAGCCACAGACCACAGUGAGGUGCUGAGGCUGGCAGGCCUGCAAACACUGCUGCUCAUCAUCCGCAGGUUUGCCGCCGUCCCUGAGCCCGAGUUCCCUGGGCACGUCAUCCUGGAGCAGUACCAGGCCAACGUGGGAGCUGCCCUACGGCCUGCCUUCACUGCGGACACGCCCCCUGAUGUCACUGCUAAAGCCUGCCAGGUAUGCAGUGCUUGGAUCGCUAGUGGAGUGGUGAGUGACCUUGGGGACCUGCGGCGCGUUCACAACCUCCUGGCCUCCUCAUUGGUCAGAGUCCAGGGUGGAAAAGAGACGCCCAGUCAGCUGUACAAUGAGAGCACCUCCACCAUGGAAGCCCUGGCUGUGCUCAAGGCCUGGGCAGAGGUGUAUAUUGUGGCAAUGAGGAGCCCUGAGUCAAGUUUGACUGAUCCCAGCCUAUCAGAGGAGGGGGUGGGGCCAGUGCCAGGCGGUGGGCUCCUGAGGCUGGUUCAGGCGGACCUUCCCACUCUGAGCCGGCUGUGGCUUGCAGUGCUGCAGGACCAUGCCCUCCUCACGCUCCCUGAGGAGUACUCUCCCCAGCUCCCAGCAACAGGGGGAACCUUUUACACAGCUGAGACAGUGAAGCAGGCUAGACUGCACUACUGCAGCUCCUGGGGGCCCGUUCUGCAUGCUGCUGCCCUGUGGCUCAGCAGCACAGGCUUCAUUGUGGUGGACGAGGGCCCUGCCAACCUGUCCCGCCCUGUCACCCCCACGUCUAUGGGUCAAUCCGCCUCACUGGCCAGCAUGAAGUCUCCUGAGGACUUGAACACCGAGCGUCUUCAUCUCAUCCUGGGCCUCAGUAUCGAAUUUCUGUGUUCCCCACGCUCUGAUGCUCAAAUGGAGAACAUCACUUCCUGUCUACACGCCCUCCAGUGCCUGCUGGACCUCCCCUGGCCCAGGUCCAAGAUCGGGAAUGAUCAGGCCUUGAGCGUGGAGCUUUUGAGCGUGCUCCACAGACUGAUUGUGACACGGGAGUCUCCGGAGGUGCAGGUGGCUGUGCUGCAGCUUGUCCAGCAGGUGGUGUGUGCAGCCCAGGAGCACGUGAAAGAAAAGAGACACAGCGCUGAAGUGGAUGAUGGUGCGGCGGAGAAGGAGACCCUGCCAGAGUUUGGGGAGGGACGGGACACAGGCGGGCUGUUGCCCGGCAAGUCGCUGGUGUUGGGAGCUCUGGAGCUGUGCCUCUGUGUGCUGGUGCGUCGCCUGCCCCAGCUGAGCCCGAAACUGGCCGGCUGCCCCACAGGCCAGGGGGGGCUAUCCCGGGCCAUGAGCCAGAACGACUGCAGGCUGGUGUCUGCUGCUUUGGCCAUCCUGUCCGAACUGCCCUCCAUCUGCUCCCCUGAGGGCAGCGUUUCCAUCCUGCCCACUGUCCUGUACCUGCUGAUGGGGGUCCUGCGGGAGGCGGUGCGGGCCCUGCCCGGUGGGGCACUGGGGCUGGUGAUAGGGGGGGCGCUGCAGGCUCUGCGCACUGUACUGUCCUCUCCUAUGGCCCGAGCGGAAAAGAGCAGGGCUGCCUGGGCCCACCUGCUGCGCUGUGCACUCAGAACUCUGUUAGACUGCUGGGAUCCAGUAGAGGAAACAGGACACACAGUAGAUGAUGUCAGCCUGCUGACAGCCCUCACAAUCUUCCUAUUGUCUGCGGGCCCUGAGGUCACCACUGUGCAGUCACUGCAGACCUGCUGCAUCAGUCGCUUUAAGGCCAGCCUGGAGUCCAAGGAUCCUGCAGUCCUGAGCCGGUGCUUCCAGCUACUGCUGUCAAUGUUCCAGAGCCCCACAGAGGGCGUGGCCAGGCCGUUUAUCCGUGCACUGGGCGGGGUGCUGGUGGGGCACCUGCAGAGCGUGGAGAAGAGUAGGCCCCAGACUGCAGGCGAGCUGCACGCCGUGCAGGAGGGGGUGCGGGCUCUGGAAGGUCUGGUGUCCGCUGCCGACGAGGAGCACCGUCCCCAGCUGGUGGCAGUGCUGCUUGCCAUCCUAAUCUCCUUCCUGCUGGAUGAGAAUGCGCUGUCCUCGGCCCCCCCAGCAACUCGCACCCUGCACGACUCUGCCCUGAGGGACCUAAUGCGCCUUGGGCCGCAGCACCCCUCAGUCUUCAAGGGCCUCAUGACCACAUCGCCCUCAAUGAAGGCGCGGCUGGAAGCUGCUGUGAAAGGCAACCAGGAGAGCCUGAAGGCUAAGACAGCCACGCACCAACCUGUCAGCAAGAGCUCUCCCAGCAUACAGCUCAAGACCCAAUUCCUGUGACCGUGGCACCCCACUCAAGACCCACUUCCUGCGACCCUAGCACCCUACUCAAGACCCACUUCCUAUGACCCAAGGGACACUCAAGACCCACUUCGUAUGACCUUAGCACCCUUCUGAAACUGUACUUCCUGUUACCCAAGCACCCUACUUAAGUCCUACUUCCUGUGUCCCUAGCAACCUACCUAAGAUACACUUCCUGUGACCCUAGCAUGUCUCUGAAGACCCAGUUCUUGUGACCCUACACCCUACUCAAAAUGCACUUCCUGUGACCACAGUAUGCCUCUGAAGACCUACUUCCUGUGACCAUAGCGCUCCACUCGAGACCCACUUCCUGUGACCAUAGCAUGCCUCUCAAGACCCACUUCCUGUGACCCAAGGGACACUCAAGACCCACUUCGUAUGACCUUAGCACCCUUCUGAAGCUGUACUUCCUGUGACCCGAGCACCCUACUCAAGACCCACUUCCUGUGACCCUAGCAUGCCUCACAGGACGCACUUCCUGUGACCCUAGAGCUGCAUUCAAGACCCACAUCCUGUGCCCUUAGCAGCCACUCACUACCCACUUCCUGUGACCCCAGCACCCCAGUCAAUACCCACUUCCUGUGACCCCAGCAUCUAGAUUAAGACCUACUUCCUGUGACCCCAGCCUAUCGCUUAGGGAUGUCAAACUGGGGGGUGUGUAGAUUUUUGUGGUUUACUUUCAGUGAACCCCAAAACAAGUUGUGUGGAUACUUCAGUCAGCAGACAGUGCAGCCUUCCAGGUCUGGAUUCUCACACCCCGGUCUGGCUUAAGACCAACUUCCUGUAAUUCCAACACUUAACUAGUGGCCUUUGGAGAGCAAGAAGACAUGCUUGAACACAGAUGUAGAAUCACUUCACUGUAGGACAGUUCUGUUAAAAUAACACUAAAGGCACAUAAUAGGUUUUCGCUCAAUACCAUUAGCGGGCAAAAAGAUUUUUUUUUAAAUCUUUGCCUAUGUUAUUUUGUAAUCCUUAAAUUUGUAAUAAAAUAGUGUUAACCUCUGUGAGAAGAGAAAAAACUGAAGCAGUAGAGGUUUUAAGUGGAUUGGUGGCAUUUCACAAAGUUAUCCGUGAGGGGUUGAGGGAUUUGUAGUACUGCAUAGUUGAACCAGAUUCUGUGUGUCAAUUGGAGUACUGUAUCUGGGCUCUUCACAGGUGGUGCUAUAACCAGUAAACAUGUUCUGCCAUGUCACUCCUGGUGUGCUGACCCCACACCCCACCACCCAUGGUGCUGUAACACACUGGUCUGCACAGUUCUUAAUCAGUUACAUCCGUGGAGGGCAAGCAAAGAAACUUGAAAUAUUACUGUUGAAGGUUUGUCUGCCUUUGGAGAGUGUUAUGUGUUUUAGCUUCAGUCUGCCUUGCCUCUGCUUUGGGCCAGUAUUUCUAUAUAGCUUAGUUGGCAUGGAGCAGAGCUCCAUUGAACAUGUCAGUGCUACUAAAUCAUUUCAACACAGAAAUUUUAGAUCAUCUGUAGGGAAUCAGUAUAAUAUACAGUACUGCGCUAGCCCAAAAUUUUUGGCCAAUAAUGCAUGCUUAUGUUUCAGUUGCAAAGUAAAAGCACUAGUGAAAGAAGGUUUCGGACACCAUCUCUACACCUCCUGGACACAGGCUCAUAUUAGCUGCCCUUGGUAUGGCAUGCUGCCUUGUCUGUUGCGUAAGCAGCAUUACUUCCGCCAAGAUCUAAGAACUGUUGAGGUGAACAGCAUUGAUACUCUUAAUCCAUUAAGCCCAGAGAGGGCUCCAUGAGCUGUAGACAUCAGAGUCCAGGCCCAUUCAGAGGCUAGCCUUAUAACUGUAGCAUUCUCAGGACCUCUUCAGUCAUUCAGUCUGUAUCCCCAAGCACUCCGCUGUCCUCAGGGCACCACCAUCAUCAGAAAAACGCAAAGACCUCAUCUCAUAAAGGGCUUAAAAAUGUAUCCAAGACUCAAUGGACCCAAGUGAAGUGGCCAGUUGACCGUGGAGUGGUGGUGCACUAUUUCUCUGGCCUUUAUGUAGAAAUAAUCUGUGCUUCAGCUGCAAUUGGCCUUUUAAAAGCACAGCUAGUUUCUUAAACUGCAUAUAAAAUCAGUUAACAGUUAUUCCCUUUCUUUUUGUGUUCACAAAUAACAGUGUAAUCACCACAUAGAUGUAGUAAUGGUAUUACACCUCUAACCUCUAAUCUUUUUUCCUGAAUAAUUAUGCAAAAAUUACAUUAAUUGUAGAAUUGCUACACUACAAUCACUGAGCAAUCAAAGACGCAAUCAAAUUUGCAUGUUGCCACAUCCCAUCUGUGUUAGGAUUUUAGUUUUUAAUUCAAGCUCCUCCUCUUAAUUUUGUCUCAAUUUGUAAUCUGAGGUUGAGCUCACGGAUUGAGAAAAUGGCAGUCAGAGAUAAGGAAAAGUUAUUCUGCCCACUAAUUGUAUGUGUGUAUGUGCAGGAUAUCAUACAUUUAUAGAUAUUGUUGUAUAAAAUGUGCAUUCUUAAUGUGAUGUCAGUGUUGAACAUGUGGCUGUAAUCAUCCAAACAAAUGGAAGGGUAAUCGAUGAAGUAUUGUGAGAUGAUUUUUAUACUGAUUGUUGUAAUGUUAUUUCCGAAGAAUGAUGCCAGCUAAGUAAGGCAUUGGCCUGGCAUUUUUAGUCCAUAAUAAACGAAUGUGGGAAAUUGUCUCAAUAAGCAUGAAGUUUAAGGGAAGAGUUGCUCAUGUGCUGCACACAUAUUUUUUCCAACUUUAGCACUUUGAUUGCUGUGAGAAUUAUGUAAAAACUGUAGUAUUGGCAGGCUGUACAAACAUUUGUGCAGAGCACUGUAAAUUGUACAGAAUAACCAUUUGGGCUAUAUCUUAUUAACAGUUUUGUUUUCUAAUAUACAUGAGGAAAUAAAGCCUAGCAUUCUCUCUUCCA